AUGGUUGGAGAUACUGCUGUUGACCCUGCUUGCCCUGCGCCAGGCGAUGUUCCCACUAGUGGAGAUGAGAGCCUUGUGAAGUCCCCAACCCACAGCAACGAUCCGGUUCAGUCGGAUGCCCCAAGGGAGGUUGCUGAUACUGCUGCUUCUGUCGUGCAGCUAGGGGCCAGUGUCGAUGAAAAGGACACUGCAGAAGUCCAGCAAGUUGCUACUACCACAACUGAGGCCUCUGCUAGUUGUACUGGUCGCAUGGACGCGUCCCGUAGCGCCCCUGUUCGUGCUAGUAGCAGUAGCGUCGACUCUGCCUCGGACGAUGGUCGCCGCUCGAGGAGCAUCUCUCGCGACCACCGCCCUCGACGUGAGCCUAGCUAUGAUGCUGAGAUCCGUCGUGAACAUAGACGAGACCGAUCAAGGUCUCGAUCGAACUCUCGUCGCUUCGGCCGAGCCGAAAUAACACCUGCGAGAGGGCCUUCCCAAGCUGGAUGUGCCUCUCGUAUUUGGGUCGGUGGGUUGCCCUCCGACGUCCGCGAGGUCGAACUAGAAGACAGAUUCGGCAAAAUAGGUCGCGUUACUGACGUUAAGAUCUGUCAGUCGUCAAGGGACACCUACGCCUUCCUGCAGUUCGAUACGGAGGGUGCUGCUGCUGAGGCGAUCGAGGAUGUGGACCAAACCAAGUUCGGGGGUUUCACUAUCAAGGUUGCCCAUGCAACCCGUCAAUCUUCCGAAAGUCGUCGCCCUUAUGAUUCUUACAAUAGAGACUGGAAGCGACCCUCGUAUGGAGGUGGUCGUUGGGGAGGCAACUACAGUGGUGGUGGUGGGUACUCCUCCGGUUACAGGAGAGGUUAUGACAGACGAGAAGGCAGCAGCAGUGGUGGUGGAGAUUGGUACCGUGGAGACUCCCGCGGUGGUAGAAGGGACGACUAUGGGAGAGAUAUUACUACUCGUCGCGACUACCCUGAUUACAGCCCGCCGUCCAGCCGAUCCAGACCGGCUGAGCGCCAAGGGUCCUGGGAUCGCGAUAGUGGUGGACGUCGUGUUGGUGGUGAUGACGGUGUUAGUUUCUACGACGAUAAGGAAAUGCCACGGUCGGGCCGCCAUGGGGGAACUGUGGGGGGUAGAGGGGCGUUGCAGCUGAAGCUCGAGAAUCUACCCGAGGACAUGAGCUGGCAGGAACUCAAGCAACUUGGAAAGGACUAUGGCAGUUCGUGCUCGUUCGCUAGGACCUUCCGAGAGGGUCGUGUAUGCUGUGGUGUAUUGGAGUAUACGGACCCCGCACAGGUCGAGGAGGUAUUGAAGUCCCUGGACGGCAGACGUAUACAGGGCUGUCCGGAGCGACUCCGUAUCACCAGAAACGAGGGACAGCCUCGUAAUACAGACGAUUCCUCAUACGAUAUCAAAAGAUACGAUCGGCCUCGGGGUGGUAUGCGUUACUAA